AUGUCAAAUUUGCCCCAGCCUCCCCCAUCGUCAACUGAGAAACUGACGGCUAGGAAAGUGUUUCGAGCCAUCGGCGUUGGGAUCAUUGUCCUUGCUAGUCUUAUCAAUAGUAUCUGCAUUGCAGCCAUUUUCAUUUAUAUUGGCUUUACAAUUCCAGCGCUGAGGCCAUAUGCUGGCUAUGUUGGUUUCUACACCCUUGGGGCAAGGACCAUCACUCUCUUGGGCGUGUUCUCCAUUGGAUGCUACUGGUGCUGUCUUCGACUAGUGGCACCAAAACAAGCCGGAAGCAGCCUUAAAGAGUGGCGUUUGAAAUUUGAAAAAACCUUGUGUCCAAGCGAUGGAAAACUGAGCAAGGCGGCAAGAAGAUAUUUUGGCGAGUUGUUCACGCUAAACCAAACGAGCGACUGUGCUGAUGUUCUUUCGAUUCCAGUCGCCAUGGGCAUACUGAAUACCUUCAGUGGAUUGAGAAGUGUCUUCUACUCAUGGAAAGAACCCGAGUUUAGCAGGUACCAGUUUGUUAUGGGUGUUAUUUUGCUCUUUUGUGGCGCUCAGUCGAGCUACAUUGCCUACGUAGGAAGGGUGCCAAGAAAGAAGGGCACCGGAGGCAAGAAUAUGACUGUGGGCAAUAAUGUCAGUCAGCCCAAAUAUUCGGAUGAGGUUACUCCAGCAGGCGAAUAUACCACAACUCAGUGA